UCAUGGGCACCGAGAGCAGCCGCCCCUUCCGUUACCUCCUUUAUAUCCUUCAGCAAAAGGAAAUUGUUUUCACUUUUCGAACCUCUGUUAAAGAUGAUGGUAAGUUUUCAAUAUUUACAGAUCGCCGGCCAUUUUCAAUGAAGCGGGUGUAUGGCAGUCGGAGGAGCGUGAUGCGGCCGAUCGACGAGGAUGUUGAUUCACCUGAUAAAUCCCGGGAAAGACGUCGACGUAGGAUUGAGAUGAGGAGGAGGUUAGCUUUAGUUUCCCCUGUCGCCGGAACCGGAACUGAUAACUUGGAUGCUCCAAAGUCACCCGCGGUGGAGUUGGUGAAUGAGAACGCCGAGCCGUCGGCUAGUAAUAAAGAAACGCCGGUGUCUUCACCGGCACCGCUGUACGGGUCGAUAUCGGUGGUUGGUAGGGCGCGUGACAUGGAGGACGAGAUAUCGGUUCAGCCGAACUUCUGCCGGCCGGAGAUAAACGGUUACAGACCGGUGCAUUUCUUCGGUGUAUUCGAUGGCCACGGAGGGCAUCACGUGUCUGCAUUGUGUAAGGAGAACAUGCACGUUAUCAUGGAGGAGGAGUUAAUGCGCGUGAGAACCACCGGAGACAAGUCAACCGGAGAAGAUGUGGAAGAGCUAUGGCGGACAUCAAUCAACCGGAGUUUCGAGAGGAUGGAUGAGAUGGCGAUGGCGUUAUGUCAAUGCAACGGGAUAGAAAACUCGAAGAUGUGUAGAUUCCAUCCGCAGUUAUCUCUGGUAGGAUCGACGGCGGUGGUGUUGCUUUUGACAGAUGAGUUCAUAAUCGUCGCUAACUGCGGCGACUCACGCGCCGUCCUCAGCCGUAGCGGAAAAGCCGUACCACUCUCCUUUGACCAUAAGUCUGAUCGGGAAGACGAACGUGAAAGAAUCGAAGCUUCCGGUGGCCGGAUCUUGUUCGCCGGAAACGGGGCACGAGUUGAAGGUGUUCUUGCUAUGUCUCGAGCUAUAGGGGACAGAUUUCUGAAACAAGUGGUAAUAUCGGAGCCGGAGUACACAUUCACGAGAAGAGAAUCAGAGGAUAUGAGUUUGAUAUUAGCUAGUGAUGGAUUGUGGGAUGUUUUAUCAAGUGAAUUGAGUUGCGAGGUAGUUCGUAAGUGCCAACAAGAAGAUGAAAAAUGUAAAAUGGGGAUGGUGGCUCAAAGGGCGGCCGGAGGAGGAGGAGGUGGUGGUGGUGGUGGGCAGGUGUACGCAUCUCGAAGUGCCACCGCAUCGGCGGCGGCUUUACUGGUACGUCUUGCUAUGGGACGGCGGAGCAAUGAUAAUAUAAGUGUGAUUGUUGUUGAUUUAAGAAAAGGUGAAAGUAAAAAAGAGAGGGUUAAUAGUGUAGGGUAACUUUGUUAUUGUUGAAUUUCUUGAGUAAUAUUGUAGAUCUUUAUUUGUGUUUUUACGGUAUUAAUCGGUAGUUAAGUAGUUUUAAUUUAUUAGAGUAAAUUAGACGGUUCCCUCGUCCAAA